GCCUACGAGCUACGUCUAUGCAUUUUUCUAUGCUUCAAAGGUGUUAACUCGGCUCACUUGAACUGACCACACAACCGACUAGUACCAAGCUGGUCGGAUUUGAAAGAGGAUCACCGAUUUAUAGAAAUGACCUAGAGGCCUUACAGAUACAUUUGUGCUUUUGUCGCUCUUCUAAUCUGCAUUUUGUGGAGGAGAAGGGGUGAGAUCUGGGAGCACAUUUUUGUUUCCGCAGUGAUUAAUAACUACCUCAGCCAGCAGAAGGAAACGGCGAGGACGUUGAGGAGGCCGGCAAAGUUUCCAACAGCAGUCCUAUCAGCUGGCUUCUACUCACCGCCACAGACGGUGUGAAGAGAAUCUCUGAGGGACUGGUUGUCUGCCCUCCGCUCUGCUCCAUACACACAGAGAGGAAGUGAAGUGACAAGGCACCAUUGUCCUACUGGAUAACAGAUUUUGUCUCUUUUUAUUAUCAGACUCCUUGCUGUUGACCAGUGCCACAUUUCUUUUCAGAUUCUUCGCUUUGUUUUUUGCUUACAGCUUUUAAAGAUUUUCUAUCUAUAAAUAUAAAAACUAUAUACGUUAUACAAAAUGACAUUUUCUGCUUCCAUUUGAAGGAAUUGUUAUGCACAUGAAUCUUGUCUUGGAAUGAGAGAAUCGUGGAGUGUUUUCAGUUUUUUGCUCUGUCCUCUCAUAAACCAUUGACUCCUUUUUGAGGCAGAAAAUACAGAUUCGGGAAGGUGUAUUUCUACCUUUCUAUUUUUGCUGGGACUGUCCACCGUGAGCUGCAGCAGGGCUGCACACAAACAUCACACUUAGUCAACAAGUCUCUACCCUGCAUCGCUCUGUUAGUUACAAAGCAUUUUGAGAUGAGCUUCUGGUAGAUGGAGCCCUUAAGUUGUCUUUUUACAUAAAUUCCAGGACAAUUGGGUUGUUUCUAUAAGAGCGUGAAAAAGAGCUUCUGUUUGGCUGAAAUCCGGAGCUUCCAGAGUCAGCCUGACACUUAUGUAUUGUUGUAGUGCGCAGGAAAGUAAAAUGGACUACAAGCGGCGCUUUUUGCUCGGCGGGUCCAAGCAGAAAGUGCAGCAGCACCAGCAGUACCAGAUGCCUGAGCUGAGCCGGACCCUCAGUGCCCCCCUGGGCUCCACCUGCUCCCCCAUGGGUGGCUCCACCGGGGUGGGCAUGCCCGGCAGCUGCCAACCACCUCCCUCCACCCCCAACACCACUGCGGUCGCCGACAUCCAGCAGGGCAUCUCCAAGUACCUGGAUGCACUGAAUGUGUUCUGCCGGGCCAGCGCCUUUCUCACGGACCUGUUCAGCAGCGUGUUCAGGAACUCKCACUACUCGAAAGCAGCUAUGCAACUUAAGGACGUGCAGGAACAUGUCAUGGAGGCGGCCAGCCGGCUGACUGCAGCAAUAAAGCCAGAGAUCGCCAAGAUGCUGAUGGAGCUGAGCGCUGGGGCUGCCAACUUCAAAGACCAGAAUGACUUCAGCCUGCAGGAUGUGGAGGUGCUGGGUCGGUGCUUCCUAACAGUGAUGCAGGUGCACUUCCAGUUCCUAUCCCAGGCCCUGCAGAAGGUGCAGCCUGUGGCCCAGUCGUGCCUGGCAGAGGCCCUCGCCCAGGCCCAGGAGCGACGCAGCAAUGUCCGCUCCCAGAGCUCCUGCCCUGGGCCCCUGACGGAGCUGGAGGAGGCCUCACGAUCAUGGAAGGGUGCAGCCGAGGUAUUUGGACAUGGAGGCCAGGGCGCCCCCAGGACUCACCAAGGAGCUUCAUGGUGUGACUACCACGACUGCCUUGCAGCAGAAGUCUUGUGUUUUCACACCGGCCACCCUGUUUUGUAUCCUCAGCACACCAUGUUGCAGCUCAUUAAAGAGGCAGUGGGGCAGAACGGAGUGACCCCCCGGGACGACUCCCCCGUCACUGAGGUCCUCAACCAGGUCUGCCCUUCCAGCUGGAGAAUGGCCUGCAAGACCGCCGUCCAGUUACUGUUCGCUCAGGCGGGACUGGUGGUUGUUGACACUGCUCAGAUCGAGAACAAGGAAGCCUAUGCUCCACAGAUUGCUCUGGAGGGCUCCAGAGUUGUGGUACAAGUACCCUCCACAUGGUGCCUGAAAGAGGACCCAGCCACCAUGUCUCUGUUGCAGCGGAGUCUGGACCCAGAGAAGACCCUCGGCCUGGUGGACGUGCUAUAUACCGCCGUCUUUGACAUCAAUAGGUGGAAGGAGUGCAAAGAACAGGCCUUGCCUACCAUUCAGAUGCAGUUACAGCGGGAGAGCCCUGACUACGGGAUGCAGGUAGACCUGCCUUCUGGAAAUGGCUCCAAAGCCUACAGUGGCCUGCCCAAAACUAUCUCCAAGCUAACUUCCAAAUUCACAAAGAAGGCCUCUUCCAGCUCUGUGUCCAGUGGUGGGGGCAGCUACUCCAUCCCCAGCACCCCGUCCCAUAGCAUGCUCUCUAGCAGCAGCUCUGAAGACAAGCAGUUCAAGAGCCUGGGCCACGCAGUAGACGGGAGACUGCAGAGCAUCUUACAGCUAGGCAACCUGUCCAGCAACCUCGACCCCACCCAGCCCCAGAACGGUUCAGUGUGUGACGACCAGGGCAUGAACCUCCCCACGGACCAGGAGAUGCAGGACGUCAUUGACUUUCUCUCAGGUUUCAACAUGAGCAAGUCCCAGCAAGCCUCCCCACUGGUCAAAAGGAGGAACUCUGUAGCGUCUGCCAACGCCGCCGAGCUGAAGCCCCCGAGCGGCGCCACCGACCGAACCCCAAUCUCCCAAGCGGUCUCCCACAGUUCACUGCAGCCCCCUACCCAGAGUAUGCCGCAGCAGCAGCAGCCACCACCACCGCAGCAGCCCUCCCAGCAGGCACUGCAGUACUACCAACACCUCCUCCAGCCUAUUGGGCAGCAGCAGCAUGCUCCACCUCAACUGCCCUCCCAACAGCCUCCACCCCAGGCUCUUCCCCAGCAGAGAAUGCCAAGUAAGUGGCUGAGUGGUUCCAGCCAGCAGCAGCCUCAUCCCCAGGGGCCCCCUCCCCCAGCAGGGCUCUCCCCCCUGGGGCCCAUUGGCCAGUGGGGCUCACCUGGCCUCCCAGACCUGAGCUCGGACCUAUACAGCCUGGGGCUGGUCAGCACCUACAUGGACAGUGUCAUGUCUGAGAUGCUGGGGCAGAAGCCACAAGGUCCCCGCAACAACACCUGGCCCAACAGGGACCAGAACGAGGGUGUGUUUGGGGUGCUGGGAGACACUUUGCCCUUUGACCCCGCAGUUGGUUCUGACCCCGAGUUUGCGCGUUACGUUGCCGGAGUCAGCCAGGCCAUGCAGCAGAAACGGCAGGUGCAGCAAAUCCGUCGACCCAGCAACACCCGCGGCAACUGGCCCGUCUCUGAUGAGCAGCACAGGACCUGGUCCCACCCAGAGUACUACAGCGAAGGGGAGGCGGUCAACAGCAGCUGGUCAGCCAAUCAGGGAGACUCUGCCAGCUCCAGUGAUGAGACGUCCUCAGCCAAUGGGGACAGCUUGUUCUCCAUGUUCUCUGGACCUGAUCUUGUUGCCGCCGUCAAACAAAGAAGAAAACACAGCUGUGGUGAGCAUGAGGUGUGUACCCUGCCCUCUCCUCCCCUCCAUCACUUGGGAGAUGAUAAUAACCAGGAAAGCAAAACAAAAACUUGGCCGCCAAAGGCCCCAUGGCAGCACUCCGCUCACACUCAACACAACACCAUGCCCAAUCCAAGCUCUUCCCUGUACCAGAUGAACAUCCCUUCCAGCCAAUGGUGUGAUUCCAUGCAGAUGUUACAGUCGCCGGUGUGGUCCACUGCCAGUGACUGCCCUCCCUCCACCGGGAUCUCCUCUGGCUUCUCUCACUACACCCAGCAGCAACAACAGCACAAACCCAUCAGCAAGGGCUUUAAAUCCUUCCCCAUCAAACAUGAGCACAGGCCCUCCUACCUUCACCAGUACUGAUACAGACCAAACAAAUGAGUCCAUUGGUAUGGUAAAAUACUUGUAGCUGUAUUUCUGAAGCAAGUAAUGUUGCCCUUUUAGAAUAACCAUUAACUUGAAAACAGUCUAAGUAUGUGUUUUAAGGCAAAAUUGAAUUGUUCAUACUGGCUUAACAUUUUGUGUUUUUCCAUUUCAAAUGCCCCCUAUUUGAAAAAGACAGUCUAAACUGCCAUGUAAAAAAUGCAUGUCCUACUGGCAGCAGAUAGUAUAAACUUUAUCAGGCAGACAUGCAUGGCCAUCAUCCACUUUUCUUCUCCUUCUGAAAAUGUAAGGGAUAAGAUUGUAGGGGGUGGGCUCUAAACGAGACACUCCAAUUUCCCCCAUAAUUCUAUGCUGUAACUGCCAAAUCUCAUGUAAGAUGACUCAGACUACAGCUAACAUCUACUGUUCCAUAGCUUGUAAAUUACUGAAGUUGAAAUAUAAAUAAUAAUUUACUACUUUUUAUUAAGAGGCUUUGAGCAGGCUCAGCAUACAUAAAUCAUUGCAAUUGAAAAAAAAUACUUUUUCAGCAACUGACAGAGUAAAAAAUAUAUAGCAGUAACUAUGUGCCAUGUUGGUAUUAAUAGCACUUUCACAAUAUUAUUUUCCAACCAAAGCGUUGUUCAGAAGAUAAAUGGUGCUGAGAGAAGUCAGAUUAAAGUUACGAGUCCUAGGGAAAGUCUUUGAUCAAAACGCGCAUUCAUUUCCUUUUCUUUCCCUGAUUUGGCAGUUCGCUUCAGAAUGACUAACUCAUAAACCUAAUGUUUGUUCCUUUUAAAAUACAAUAUUUUCGUGUACAAAUAUUGACAGUAUUAAUCUUAUUUUUGUAUUUUCUUACAUGUUAUACCAUAUUACAACCCCCCCCCCCCCCAAGAUAUGAAGGCACAUUAAUUUCUUUAGUACAGAGUUUAACUACACCAUAUAUCUAAAGGUUACCAAAUAUGCCAUUAUAAACACUAAAACAUUGAGUAGGGUAUUUUUUAGCCCAUGUUUCUAUGGCUACGGGCUGUAUUUAAAUGCCCAGAAUGUUAAAUUUUUGAUGUUUGCGGAUGCCAAUGUUGCCUGUAUUUAUGAAAUGACACCAUGUUUUCUGAAAACUAACAUACUUACCAUGUUUACAGAGAUUUGUUUGCUGUAUAUACAUAAAUAUAUCUUUUUAUAGUUCUGUGCUUUGCACAAUCAAAAUAUAGGGUGUGUUGCUUUGUCUGUGUUUCCCAAACUUUUGCUGCCUUUUUUCUCAUCUUUAUAGACCUUGGACUGUAACCAUUAGCAUCUUUCAGCUGUGUCAAAAUGGUUAACUAGUGGCAUCUACAAAAAAAAAAGAAAAUGUUACCCUGACAGAAGAUAUGAAGGGGGACUGCUUGGCUUAUGUUGCUUAUUGUUCUCUUGAGCUGGCAACAAUCUUCCCAAGUGUACCAGCAAUGCAACAACAAAAAAAUAAUAAAAAUGACUAGCAAUUGAA